UGACCUCUGCGUGGGCACUCAGCAGGGCCAGGCCCAUGUAGAUCCUGUCCCUGCCCAGCCUGGCUAGCGUGGGCUGGACUAGUGGACACUGUCAAGGUCGCUGCUGAGGGACAGCGAGCCUCUCUGGCAGGCUGGCAGAGGGAGGUCCCGGCAGACACACAGCCACAAUCUAAGGAGAAACUGAGCAGUGGAAUGGACAGAGGACACUGGAACCUUCCUGAAUGAGGCCCUGAGCAGGUCUGGCCUUGUUUGCUGUGGCCCUCAGCCAAGGGACUCUCAGGGACCCACUGUGGCACUUCCUGGAAAGCUUCCGUCAGUGUGGACCUCUGUAGAAGAGAGCCUUGGCAGGCAGGGGAGAGAGAGGACAGGAUCGACUGGGACCCAGCCAUGGUCGUCACUCAACUCAGCCUCGAGUUCCGCUUUCAGGGCAAGAAGCUUCGAGGCUUCAGCUGCGAGCUCACCCGUUCCCCUCAUGGGGUCCUCCCCGAGUCGGUCCUCACCACCACGUGCCAGGUCGCCAUACCCAUCCUGCUGUCGGGCCUGGGCAUGAUGACGGCCGGCUUUGUGAUGAACACUGUCCAACACUGGCCAGUGUUCAGUGAGGUUAAGGACCUGCUGACAUUGGUGCCGCCCCUGGUGGGUCUGAAGGGAAACCUGGAGAUGACGCUGGCGUCUCGGCUCUCUACAUCUGCCAACACUGGGCAAAUCGAUGAUCGCCAGGAGAGGUACAAAAUCAUCAUCAGCAACCUCGCCGUGGUUCAGGUGCAGGCGACUGUCGUAGGGCUCCUGGCUGCACUGGCCGCCCUCCUGCUUGGCUCAGUGUCCAGAGAGGAGUUCGAUUGGGCCAAGGUGGCGUUGCUGUGUACAAGCAGCGUCAUCACCGCCUUCCUUGCUGCCUUGGCCCUAGGAAUUCUAAUGAUCUGCAUAGUAGUUAGUGCUCGGAAAUUCGGGGUCAACCCUGACAACAUCGCCACGCCCAUUGCAGCCAGCCUGGGAGACCUCAUCACACUGUCCAUCCUGGCCCUGAUAAGCAGCUUCUUCUACAAACACAAAGACACGUGGUACCUGUCGCCGCUGGUCUGCGCCGGCUUCAUGGCGCUCACCCCUCUGUGGAUCUUCAUCGCCAAGCAGAACCCGCCCGUCAUGAAGAUCCUGAAGUUUGGCUGGUUUCCCAUCAUCCUGGCUAUGGUCAUCAGCAGUUUCGGAGGCCUCAUCCUGAGCAAAACCAUCUCCAAACAUCAUUUUAAAGGCAUGGCUGUCCUGACUCCCGUCAUAUGUGGUGUUGGUGGCAACCUGGUGGCCAUUCAGACCAGCCGCAUCUCCACCUACCUGCACAUGUGGAGCACACCUGGCGUCCUCCCUGUCCAGAUGAAAAGAUUCUGGCCUAACCCAUGCUUCACUUUCUGCUCCUCGGAAAUCAAUUCUGUGUCAGCUCGAGUCCUGCUCUUCCUGGUGGUCCCAGGACAUCUGAUCUUCUUCUACCUCAUCUGCCUGGUGGAAGGCCAGUCCGUGACAAGCAGCAAGACCUUCGUGGUGUUGUACGUGGUGGCAGGCAUGAUCCAGGUGGUAAUCCUGCUGUACAUGGCAGAAGUGAUGGUUCGGCUGACCUGGCACCAGGCCCUGGAUCCUGAUAACCACUGUAUACCCUACCUCACAGGCCUGGGGGACCUGCUGGGCACUAGCCUUCUGGCACUGUGCUUCCUGCUGGACUGGUUGCUGAGGGCCAGAGCUGGUCUCGCAGAGCUAGUUUCAGAGCUGGUUUCUGUGCCUCCCUGACGGAGUCUGCCACCUGGAGGUCUCCGUGGAACUUUCCCUCAAGCCCACAGUGUCUGGCAGGCUGUUCCUCCUGCCAGGGCUUCAAGCUGCUAGACAUCUACCUGGGCAUCAGUCCGCCAGGGAGACAAGCACACACCUUGAUUCUGAAGUUGGUAGCUGAGCCUGAGGUGGGGCCCUGACAUCAGGAGCUGUGCUUGCAAGUGUAUGAGUGAGUGUAUGUGCCGUGUGUGUGUGUGUGUGUGUGUGUGUGUGUGUGUUUGUGUGUGUGUGUGUGU